AUGAGUGCCGAAGAUAAAACAGUGUUGAUUGUUGGAUGUGGCAUUUUUGGUCUAGCCUCUGCGUUGGACUUUGCCAAGGCCGGAUACAAGGUGACUGCAAUGGAUGCAUACGAGCCUCCUUCGCCGUGGUCUGCCUCGUGCGACUAUAACAAGAUCAUCCGUGGCGAGUACGAUGUUGAGGAGUACACAAAGCUGAGUGUUGAGGCAAUAGAGAUGUGGAAAAACGAACCUAGAUUCAAAGGCAUUUACAAGGACUGUGGGAGAGUGAUGAUCACGCCGACCGAUUACAAGGCGAGACAGGAGUUUGAGCGUGUUGGGAUCGAAAACCUGCAAAAACACGGAAAGGCCCUGGACAUCGAGUACUUUGACGGCGGUGAAGAGCUCGCCAGAAAGUUCCCCUUCUUGAAGUACAACGGUCUGCAGAAAGGAGAGCAGUCGAAGUUCAACCCGUAUGGAGGUCUAGGACAUUCGUCGAAUGCGAUGGUGGCGGUGUACAAGGAGGCGAAGGAUCACGGAGUGCAGUUUGUCUUUGGAGACGACGGCCACGCCGUCGAGGUUGAGCGUGGUGACGGGAACAAGGUGGUCAUUGUCACCAAGAGCGGUCAGAGACGCACUGCUGGUACCGUCAUUGUCAGUCUCGGCUCCAAUACGGGCCGUCUUGUCAACCUGAAUGGCCAGCAAUCCGCCACAGGCUUGUUUGUCACCUUCAUCAAGCUCACGGAUGCGGAGUACGAGAGAUACAAAGACUGUUCGAUUCUCUUCGACGCCAAGAUGGGCUAUUUCUUCCCACCGGAUCCGGAGACGAAGCUCUUGAAGGUGGCGUUGCCAGGCUCUGGAACGUGUCACAAAGUCCACGACCCUCACGCCGCAGUUUCUGAAGACAGAAAGAUCUCGUUGCCCCGGUUCAAGAACCUCAAUCCGACCGACACAAUGCCUGUACAUGGCGAGCGGGAGGCAAAGCUGCUCUUGGCCAAAUAUGUCCCUGAGCUUGCCUAUCACGAGCUGCUGCACUCGAAGAUCUGCUGGAUUGGAGACACAGACGAUUCCAACUUCAUCAUCGACCGAGUUCCUGGGUUUACAAACCUGUUUGUGGCAUCAGGCGACUCCGGCCACGCGUUCAAGUUCUUGCCCAACAUCGGUAAAUACAUCCUGCAGAGAGUAAAGGGCGAGCUGGAUCCUGUAUUGACACGCCUCUGGCGGUGGAAGAACGGCAGUGGCUUUGACCCAGCGAAGUGCAGCUGGAGAGUCCAGAGCGAAUACCCGGAUGUCUCGGAGAUCGACUUUUACAAGGAGCUCAAGGCCAAGUUCUAG